AUGCAUCACGUCGCACCACACGACAACUUCACCAUCAUCAAGAAUGAGAAUGAAGUUAUUCAGAAGUGCAUGGACCAGAUCGACAAUGAUCAGUCAUUUUGGGUCGCUGAUUUCAAUCGCGUUCGUCAUUGCCUUGCCUUAUGGGAAGAAAACUUAAACAGAGUUCACAUCCACUACGCUAUGAAGUGCUGCGAUGAGCCAGAGCUUCUCAAAUUCCUUGCUGACCGUGGUGUUGGCUACGAUUGCGCUUCCCAAGAUGAAGUCCAGAGAAUUCUUGCAUUAGGCGUUGAUGCAAACCGUAUUGUCUUCGCUCACCCAAUCAAGAGCAUCGCAUCAAUCAAAUACGCUAAGGAGCACGGAGUUACUCGUUUAGUUUACGACUCUGAAGAAGAGCUUCGUAAGAUCUUACGCUACUACCCAGAAGCUGAAGUCUUCCUUCGUAUCAAGCCACGUUUCACACACGCCAAGAUUCAGCUCUCCAACAAGUUCGGCGCUGAUCCAAAGGAUGUUCCGAAACUCAUGCAGCUCGCAUCAGAGUUAGGCGCUAACUUCAUCGGCUUCUCAUUCCACGUUGGCUCACUUUGCGAUGAUAUCACAACUUUCCGCGUCGCUCUUGAAUACGUAGCCGAAUUGAAGGCUAAGGCUGAACAGAUCGGCCUUAACGUUUCAUUCGUUGAUAUCGGCGGCGGCUUCCUUCCACCAUCAGUCAAAGCCAAAUACACAUUUGCCGAAAUCGCUGAAGCUAUCAAUACAGCUAUCGACGAACUAUUCGAUGGUGAUGAGAUCGAGUUCCUCGCUGAGCCAGGCCGCUUCAUUGCUUCUGAUUUCAUGGAUCUUGUUAUUCCAGUCAUCUCCGUCAAGGACCACCACGAAGAUGGUGAAGAACAGUCUGUCUUCAUGGCAGAAGGUAUCUACGGCGCUUUCAACGCUCUCAACUACGACCACGCUGAGCCACACUUCUUAAUCAGAACAGAAGGAGCUGCUGACGGCGAAAGAGUCAAGACAACACUUUGGGGACAAACAUGCGACUCCGCUGACCUCGUCUACGAAGAACUCUUAUGGCCAAGACUCGAAGUUGGUGAUUACCUUACAAUCGAGAAGUUCGGCGCUUACACUUACUCUCCAACAUCAUUCUUCAACGGAUUCCCACACCACAAAGUCUUCCACAUCAACGAAGAAGAUGAAGAGUAA